AAGUUUCGGUUUGACUACAGCACCGGUUCUACCCAUUCAAUGUGGACACAUUCUGUUUGUCCUUCCAACUCCUUUCUUUGACCCAUCACAUCUCAUUAACAAGCAGGCUUCAUCUUUUCAAAGAAUAGUUGUUCCCAAAAUACAGCUGCACUUAAUGCAGGCAGCACGCUGCGAGGAGAUUUGCAACCGAAUGUAUAUAUAUAAAUAUAUAUAUCAAAAUACACAAUCCCUAAUUUUUUGGAACUGCAGACAGGAAUUUGCUGCUUCUUUCGUUCGUUUGUUUUCUAAACUGGAGAAGAGAAUGGCAAAGCGUGGAAUAAAACUGAGAGGGGGGAGGGCUUUACACCUGACAAGGCAAAUGUUAAAAAUAUCCCUACAAAAACCAGCAGGGUUCCCAAAUCCAAUCCCUUUUGAAAUUCUCGUCUGCAUGCCUUACCUCCGCUUGCAUGGUAAUAGACUGCUUUGGGGUAACGCUAUCACACCGGAAGACGAGUGGGAGUGCUAGUGCAUGUCACACACACACACAGCAGCCAUGAACGGUCUUUUUGAUGGGUUUUUAACUAAAUCGCAAGGCCUGUCCUAAGCUUGAGGGUGAGUGAAGUAAAUAUUGAACAGGAAACUGUGCAAGGUGCUUUUUAUUAUGAAGGGUUAGCAUUAACAAGCACAAAUUGCUAUUAAUAAACAAGGUUAGGUCAUGUGUCUUAAUCAAUGGAGAGCGUAAAUAUGACAAAUAUUUAACUUCCUUCACUCACAGAACACAAAAACACAAUCAGCUUUGAUGAGACGGAAACUACCUGUGACAUCAAGCAACUGGGCUCGUAGGGGCGUGGUUAAUUCUGUCUCCUCUGCAUCACGUUCUGCCGUGUGGUUCUUGUUUAAAGCCCCAACUGCAGCCCUUUAAAUGGAACUUAAAAACAGGAAGGCAAGAAAGAUGCUUGCAUCCUUUUCAAUGUUAUAGACAUGACUAGGACACACUCAAAUGCCCUCAGGAAUCAGCUCUGUGCUUAUAGCAAGGAAAUGUUGCAUUGAAAUUAAUCUAAAAUAUGACAAGGCAAUUAAGGCAAAGUGCGCAUGGGUUUCAUCAAGCUGCUGGUUGUGAAUGUGAAGGAGACAGUGCUAGGAAUCCCGCUGCACUAGGCAGGCUGGACAGAGCGCUUGGAAUGCAAAAGGGUUUCAAAGCAUAUCCUGCGCACUUACAGGACGGCUGCCCUGCCAAAAACACCUCACACUUCCCACCGGAGCGCCACUUACCCCACCUCAGUGCAAGCAGACUGACCCCUGCCUCAUCAUCAUUCACAACGCAUCUCAUCGAGGAUUCGUCAAUCUCAGUGCAAGCAGACUGACCCCUGCCUCAUCAUCAUUCACAACGCAUCUCAUCGAGGAUUCGUCAAUCUCAGUGCAAGCAGACUGACCCCUGCCUCAUCAUCAUUCACAACGCAUCUCAUCGAGGAUUCGUCAAUCUCAGUGCAAGCAGACUGACCCCUGCCUCAUCAUCAUUCACAAAUCAUCUCAUCGAGGAUUCGUCAAUCUCAGUGCAAGCAGACUGACCCCUGCCUCAUCAUCAUUCACAAAACAUCUCAUCGAGGAUUCGUCAAUCUCAGUGCAAGCAGACUGACCCCUGCCUCAUCAUCAUUCACAAAUCAUCUCAUCGAGGAUUCGUCAAUCUCAGUGCAAGCAGACUGACCCCGGCCUCAUCAUCAUUCACAAAUCAUCUCAUCGAGGAUUCGUCAAUCUCAGUGCAAGCAGACUGACUCCUGCCUCAUCAUCAUUCACAACGCAUCUCAUCGAGGAUUCGUCAAUCUCAGUGCAAGCAGACUGACCUCGGCCUCAUCAUCAUUCACAAAUCAUCUCAUCGAGGAUUCGUCAAUCUCAGUGCGAGCAGACUGACCCCGGCCUCAUCAGCCUUCACAAAUCAUCUCAUCGAGGAUUCGUCAAUCUCAGCUGUUGCAGGCAUCUCACACGAGGCGACCAGUGAAGCAGAGUCAUUCAUUUAUCGUACCACAUUAGACCACGCUUACAACCUUGAGGCAGCAAUAGGCUUUCUCCCUGUCAACCGGCACGGUUACUCGGAUUCUGUGUCUCGUCUCAGAAUUGGUUUAGUGAAUCCACCAGCUGGAGAAGAAGUCUCGGAAAUCAUUAAUUACAGCAGACGGCUGUCCAUAGAACUUGCACAGCAUUUAAAAGAACACAUAUUUCUGUUGCAAGGAAACGACCACAAAAAAAAAGGUUUGACAUGCUGUUAAAUUUCUGACAUCAUAAACAUACAUUUGAAUACUUGUUUUUACACUUUUUCAAUAAAUUUCCACAUUGAUAAUAAAAAAUUCUAUAAAAACCCAAUAAUAAAAUGUAUGCAUCCGAAAGUUGUCCAGAAUAAUAAAAAGUACUUUUCCUGUUUUUUUUUUUUCAUUCACCCAUAUGCCACUGACAAGUUUGUGUGACUGGCAGCGUGUUAUGAUUUGCUGUUCCCAAUGCAGGUCCUCCUCUGAAAAAGCAGGGGAGGCACACAGUCAGUCAGACAGCUCCUGCAUGCUUCUCUGCUCAGCACACAGUUUCCAGGAGCUCCAAUGGGAAAUACAGAGCUAUGGCACUUCACCACUGUAAGAGAGGAACAAAAAACGAUAACCCUUCAACAUAAAAAUCGGGUGGCAUGGAAGAUGGAAGAUGUUCAGAGAAGAGAGUUUUUAUAACCUGUUACCGCUGUUUGAUUUGCUUUGAUCCCUGAGCCCUGAAACAUUGUGCCUUUAGCGUACAAUGGAUUGUACAAACUAGUUUUGUGAUCUGGAAAUCAAUUAAAAAUUCGCUUCCAUUGAAGGAUGGGUUUGCUUUUGUUGGAAAUGGCUUCAGACUGCCCUAAAGUGGUCAAGAACUAGCUGGAGGACAAGGAUAUAGAACACAGCUAAAACAUAUGGGAGGGUUAAAACAUUUAAGUGAAACCAUGGGCAAUUAAAAACGUUUGACAAUGUAGCUGUAACAAGAAAAAAACAAGUGACGUGACUCCGAUUCAAGCAAGCAAAGCAAUUCAGUAUGGAAAUGCACACAAAUUCAAUGAUCCACAUUUACGUAAACAGCACAGUGUUGGAGCGGAACGGUUCUUUCGUCUGCAAUGAAACCACAUACGGCUUGGCCGAGGACAGCGCAGAGACCUACCAGUUCUACGUCGUCAGUCUCUUCCUCUCGUGCUUGUACACCAUCUUCCUCUUCCCCAUCGGCUUCAUUGGCAACAUCCUGAUCUUGGUCGUGAACCUGACGCACCGGGACAAGAUGACCAUCCCGGAUCUCUACUUCGUUAACCUGGCUGCAGCAGACCUGAUCUUGGUGGCGGACUCCCUGAUCGAGGUCUUCAACCUCAACGAGAAAUACUAUGACAUCGCCAUCCUCUGCACCUUCAUGUCCCUGUUCCUCCAGAUCAACAUGUACAGCAGCAUCUUCUUCCUGACCUGGAUGAGCUUCGACCGCUACGUGGCUCUGGCCAGCGGCAUGAAAACCGGGCCCUUCAGAACCAUGCAGCAGGCCCGGCUGAGCUGCACUCUCAUCUGGAUGGCCUCCAUACUAGCCACCUUGAUGCCGUUCACCAUCGUGCAAGCCCAGCACACGGGGGAGGUCCACUUCUGCUUCGCCAAUGUGAUGGAAAUCCAGUGGCUGGAGGUGACUCUGGGAUUCCUUGUGCCCUUUUCCAUCAUCGGGCUCUGCUACUCCUUGAUCGUACGGAUCCUCAUGAGGGCUCAGAAGCAUAGGGGGCUGUGGCCCAGGAGGCAGAAGGCGCUCCGCAUGAUCGUGGUGGUGGUCCUGGUGUUCUUCAUCUGCUGGCUUCCCGAAAACGUCUUCAUCAGCAUCCAGCUCCUCCAAGGGACAGGCGACCCCGCACACCCAGACGACUGGACGCUGAUGCACAGCCACCCACUGGCCGGGCACAUCGUCAACCUAGCUGCCUUCUCCAACAGCUGCCUCAACCCAAUCAUUUACAGCUUCUUGGGGGAGACUUUCAGGGACAAACUGAGGCUGUUCAUUAACCAGAAAGCAAGCUGGUCCGCACUGCAUCGCUUGUGUCACCACACCUUGGAUUUUCAGAUCUCUGUUCAGAAUGAAGUUUCAGAAGUUUAAAAAAUAAAUGAAAAAUAACUAUGUGAGGCUUUAAGACCAAAGUGAGGAAGCCAAAAAAAAAAGCUAAAUGCUACGGGGAUACCUUUGUGUUACUCUGAAGAAUCCCGAGCAGCAGCAUCGGCUGCAACGGCAACAAACAAUGGGAUUGCCCAGCGGUCCUGACAGCACGGUACACUUGCAGGGAUACUGUACCAAAGUACUGCCAUACAUGUAGCAGUAUGCAUUUGGUCUCAGCCCAUGUGGCACCAUUGGUAGAUCAAAACUUAAAAUACCCCUGUGGUAAAAUUCUACUAAUGGCCCAAAAUGUUUAGGCUGCCUUUGUGCCAUCAUUGCCACUUGGCACCGAACCACGGAAUUGCCUCAGGUGGCAUUCCCAAAGAUGAUUUCGUAGGGGAGUUUUUCUGUACUGAUAAUGGGGCAAUACUCUGUAUUUACUCUGCGGCUGAAAGCAUUGGCACAAUCCAUCAAAUCAAUUGCAAGUAGUAGAACUUGCCAAUUUCCCCCAGUACUUUGAGUUUCUGCUUACAAGUUGCAACACGAAAGAAUGGCAAAGGGUAUAAAAAAUAUUCUGCUCAGGCCGUCAAGUUGAAUAAGUCUGUUAUACUGUCCAUUGAUAUCUCAUGGAGGAUUCGAUGCAAGCAAAAUGGGCAUUCUGAACAGACAAUGAAAAGGCAGUCCGACAAAAGCAGACCUUGUUUUUUCCGAUAUGUAUUAUUUUGGGUUAGGGUUAGGGUCAAUCCUUUUCCUUUCAAAAGCAAUGCAGAACAUGAACUUUUUUUAUAAUGAUGGUACUAUUACACUGUUAAACCCUGGCUGUUGCAGUGGACAGGAUCAUGGAUAACCCUUUGCAUAAGAGAUGGCAAUUCAGUGAAAUGAAAAUGCUGCACUGCUUUUGGUGAUCCAACAAUGUUACCCAACUUACCCUCAACAGUUUCCUUGGUGCGCUUGCCCUUUGGCAUUGACUCACUAGACAUUAGAAUUGCUGCCUUCCAUAUAUUCCUAUUCUAUGAGAGGACUCUCAGUGCGUUCUCAGAGCUAGUUUAAAGUCUGCAAGUGGCAUCUGCGCUGGAGAUGAAUCACAACAAACAGAGACACUGACAAAGCACAGAGGAAAGGAGCCGUCACAGCAAUUUCUUCAUGGAUAAACACACGAUCAAGUUCGCCUCUGCAAGUGGAAAGGAUGACACAUGUUAUAUUAAACAAUUUGCCUACACAGGUUAAUAAUAAAGAUUAGCAGGCAGGUUCCAUUUCUGAUAAUUAUACAUGUAUAAUAUGGGUAAACUGCUUUGGAAGGGACACUGAAAAUGAACACACUGUCGGAAAAGGUCUUUGUGCAAUAUUUACAGAUACUGGAUGUGUGCGUUUUAUGGAAACUGUUGGGAGUAAUUGACAAAUAACUGCUUUUCUUUUUUUACAAGACAUGUAAAUUUAUACAUACAAAAAGACAACGUUGUUUAACUUUGAUUGCGUGUCUUAUUUUCCCCAGGGCUACUUUACACAGCAAAAUUCAGAUCACGCAAGUACAUCACAGCUAAAUGUCUACCCAAUCAAGCACAUGCUACCCAAAAAAAUGUAAUGUGCUGUAGAAGGCAGGCUGUCCUCCAGUAUCUUAAGAAAAAAAAGAAAACAUGUUGUUAGAACAUAAAAACACUACAAGAAACUGUAUAAAUUCAGCGACAAACAUAGUCUUUCAGACA